GGUAAUGUUUUUAUGUUGUCGGUAACUAAAUUUACCCAUGGUGGACCUUUAAAUAGGUAAAAUACCCACAAGGGCAAAAAAGUAAUUUCAAUUAAAAAUGUGAACGUCACCCAGUAAUUUACGAACGAUGAAUAGCGAUUCAGAAAAAAAAAAUUGUUGUAAAAAAUAAAAGACGGAAGGAGUAAUAAUGAGUGAGAAAGGGGGUGAAAAAGGAUAGCAUGUGAGAAUUGAAGUAUAUGUACAUGUAAAUCUUUGCAAAUUUAUGAAAGUGAUUUGAAAUGUGAUGGUUGUGUCAGCUGAGACUCAUAUACCACGCUCUCUCCUCUCCUCUCCUCCUGUUUACAUUUGACCAUAGACCAUAUGAUAGGACACACUCAGAGUCAGACACUCCACUAUUUAUUGGCAUUCUUUACAUUCUUUAGCCAAGCCAAGCCAAGCCAAGCCAAGCCAAGACGGAAGUAGAAGUGGAGCCCAGCAUUGUUAGCUUGUUGAUUUACUCCUUCCUUUACUUUACUAGGCUUUUUUCAUCUCUGAGUCUUGUUCCGGAACCCUCCAUUCUCUCUCUCUCUCUCUUUUUCUCUCUAUCUCUCUGCGUGUUUGUAUCGUUCAGCUGUGUUACUGCUCUUCACAAACAGAGAGAGAUAGUAAAGGUGGAGUAGUCAUAUGGUUAACUAAGAAGCAUUAAUUAAUCAAUCGAUUAAUGAUAUGGAGAUGGACAGACAAGUAAAACAACGACCUCGACGAGGACGAGGACGAGGACGAGGACGAGGACGAGGACUAGGACUAGGACUGGUGGUGUUAGUGAUGAUGGUUAAGGUGGCUGAUGGUGUCUGGUGCGUUGCUCGCAGCGGUGCCGACGACGAUGCAUUGCAGUCAGCACUUGACUACGCCUGUGCUGCUGGUGCUGAUUGUGGACCCAUUCAACAGUCUGGCCUCUGUUUCCUCCCCAACACUCUUCAGGCUCACGCCUCCUACGCCUUCAACAGCUUCUACCAGCGUAAUCAUAUGGCCGCCACUUCUUGUCAAUUCUCCGCCACUGCCACCCUUGCCAAGACCGAUCCUAGUUAUGGAUCUUGUGUUUACCCUUCUUCUCCAAGCACUGCAGGAAGCAUAACAUCUAAUACGACAGGAGCCACACCAACAUCAAACCCCUAUGGAACAGCAACACCCUUCUCCCCCACCACGAUGUCUCCCACGACCUUUAAUGGUGGUGCUGGAACAGGUCUGAAUCCCAACUAUAUGGGACCUCCAAUUUCUACUACCAAUGAAUCAAAAGCCCCCAUUAAGUCUUCAUCACCUCUUUUGGAGACACUACUCAUCGUACUACUGCUUUCACUUGCCAUCUAUUGAAGAGGAUAGAAGGGAAGGAGAGUAAAAGAGGUGUGAUUCACAUUUAUUUUUUUUUCUUUUUUGUUAAUCCUUAGAAGGCUCACCACAAUUUUGUUCGAAGCUUGGAGGAGCAUAACCUGCAUUAGAAAUUAAUGAAUGAACUUGAUUGUAGUAAUUUUUAUCUUUUUAAACGCACUUCAUUUCCUUAAUUUGGGAGUUGUAGGAGUUAAAGCUACUACAUCAGUGAGUGAUUGACAAUUCCGUUCAGAUUGAGACUACUUCAGGGUCUUAAUUAGUUCGUAUUCAUUUACUGAAAUUGUUGGCUAGUUUUGAGAAGAUUUUACUGCUAUAUAUGCUAAUUGAUUAGGCUGUUCCAUUCA